AUGGAAAAUUUGAAGAGAAAACUCAAUACCGAUGAUUUUCUUAAGCCAACCUCACCAAACAGGGAACGCACACCGAGAAAAUUUUAUCAAGACUUCCUUACAAACAGCAGCGUAAUAAAUGAUCAUCGAACUGGUUUGCAAGAUAUGAUAUCACGAGUUAAUCAACAAUUGGCAAUGCUUGGAUAUCCUUCAUUUCCAAAAAUUUCUGAAAAUGUUGAUGAAAAAUCUAUAGUAUCGAUUUUGGACUGUGUCGGUUCGCUAUUAAACCAGCAACAAAAAGAUAACGGAUAUCGUGAAGAAAUGCUUGAUCAAUAUAGAAGAUCACAAAGUGAUAAUGAAUUGUUAGCUACUAGCAUGGUUGUUGAAACACUUCGACUUGAAAAUGAAUCGUUAACAACUGAAUGUGAAAUAAAAAAUGAAAUUGUAAGACAAAAUCAAUUAGAAAUCGAUUCUUUAUCAUCAGAAAUCAGGAAGAAAAAUGAAUUUAUCCAACAAAUCCAACUGAAAUGUUCUGAUAUUGGAUCUAUCAUCUCUCAAGAUAAACAGAUGGAACAAAUGCAACUAGAUCACGAGUCGUUAAAUCUCCAAAUUAAGCAAAAGGAUGACAUUUUAAUGCAAAAAGAUUUAAAAAUUGAAUCUUUGAUUUCUGAAAAUAUGAAAAUGAAUGAUAUGAUAAAGCAGAAACAAUUGAAAAUUGAAGGAAUUGAAGAAUUGAUUAAUGACUGCACGCAAAAGGAUAAGAACUUGAUGCUAAAAAAUUCUGAGGUUGAACGAUUGAUGUUAGAAAAUAAACAGAAUACCGAGUUGAUAAGUCAGGAACAAUCAAAAAUCGAAGAAUUGAUUAAUGACUGUAGGCAAAAAGAUAAGGACUUAAUGCUAAAAAAAUCCGAAGUUGAAAGAUUGAUUCUGGAAAAUAGGCUGAAUACCGAGUUGAUAAAUCAGAAACAAUCAAAAAUUGAAGAAUUGAUUAAUAACUGUAGACAAAAAGAUAAGAAUUUUACGCUAAAAAAAUCCGAAAUUGAACUAUUGAUGUCGGAAAGUAAACAAAAUACCGAGCUGAUAAAGCAGAAACAAUCAAAAAUUGAAGGAUUGAUUAAUGACUGCAGACAAAAAGAUAAGAGUUUGAUGCUAAAAAAAUCCGAAGUUGAAAGAUUGAUGCUGGAAAGCAAACGAAAUACCGAACUGAUUAAUCAGCAUAAAUCAAAAAUUGAAGAAUUGGUUAAUGACUGCAGACAAAAAGAUAAGAGUUUGAUGCUAAAAAAAUCCGAAGUUGAAAGACUGAUGUUGGAAAGUAAACGAAAUACCGAGCUGAUAAAUCAGCAUAAAUUGAAAAUUGAAGAAUUGGUUGAUGACUGUAGACAGAAAGACAAGAAUUUGAUGCUAAAAAACUCUGAGGUUGAAAGAUUGAUGUUGGAAAAUAAACGAUAUAUCGAGCUGAUAAAACAGAAACAAUCAAAAAUUGAAGAAUUGGUUAAUGACUGUACACAAAAAGAUAAGAACUUGAUGCUAAAAAAUUCCGAAGUUGAACGAUUGAUGUCGGAAAGUAAACAAAAUACCGAGCUGAUAAAUCAGCAUAAAUCAAAAAUUGAAGAAUUGGUUAAUGACUGCAGACAAAAAGAUAAGGACUUGAUGCUAAAAAAUUCCGAAGCUGAGCGAUUGAUGUUGGAAAAUAAACAAAAUACCGAGCUAAUAAAUCAACAUAAAACAAAAAUUGAAAAAUUGGUUAAUGACUGUAGACAAAAAGACAAGAGUUUGAUGCUAAAAAAUUCCGAAGCUGAACGAUUGAUGCUGGAAAGUAAACGAAAUACCGAGCUGAUAAAUCAGCAUAAAUCAAAAAUUGAAGAAUUGGUUAAUGAGUUAGCAAACAAUUAUAUUCUAUAA